AUGUGGCUGUCCCUCGCGCUGUCAGUGGCGUACACAGCCGGUCAGGUCACGGGGACCGGGGCCACACAGGAGGACAUCCCGGAGGGCGCUUCUACCCUGGCAUUCGUCUUUGAUGUGACCGGCUCCAUGUACGACGACCUCGUGCAGGUCAUCGAGGGCGCGUCCAAGAUUCUGGAAACAUCCUUGAACAGACCGAAGAAAACUUUGUAUAACUUUGCUCUGGUCCCCUUCCAUGACCCAGAGAUUGGGCCCAUAACAAUCACAACAGACCCCAAGAAGUUCCAGUAUGAGCUGAGAGAGCUCUAUGUCCAGGGAGGUGGGGACUGUCCAGAGAUGAGCAUUGGUGCCAUCAAGAUUGCCUUGGAGAUUUCCCUGCCGGGUUCCUUUAUAUAUGUCUUCACAGAUGCCCGAUCCAAAGAUUAUAAGCUGACCAAUGAAGUCCUGCAGCUCAUUCAGCAGAAGCAGUCACAGGUGGUGUUUGUGCUGACUGGGGACUGUGAUGACCGGACUCAUAUUGGCUACAAGGCUUAUGAGGAGAUCGCUUCCACCAGCUCUGGGCAGGUCUUCCAUCUAGACAAGAAACAGGUCAACGAGGUCCUGAAAUGGGUGGAGGAGGCGGUGCAAUCGUCCAAGGUCCACCUGCUGUCCACGGAUCACUUCGCUGGGGUCAGCAACACCUGGCAGAUGCCCUUUGACCCCAGCCUGAAAGAAGUCACCGUGGCGCUCAGUGGCCUGGCGCCUAACAUCGAGAUAAAAAACCCCCAGGGGAAAGUGGUGGGGAAGAGUGAUGGCCUGACUGAGCUCCUACACAUUCCCAACUCUGCCAAGGUUGUCAACAUCAAGGAUCCACAGCCUGGGAUGUGGUCUAUCAAGGUAAACAAUGAAGGAAGACACUCAGUUCGUAUCUCAGGCCUCAGCACCAUUGACUUCCGAGCCGGGUUUUCCAGAAAACCCACUCUGGACUUCAAAAAGACCUCCAGCCGACCAGUUCAAGGCAUUCCCACCCACAUUCUGCUGAACACCACUGGGCUUAAACCUCCUGCUCGAGCUGACAGGCUAGACCUCAUGUCAAUCACAGGUGUAGUGAUCAAAACUUUGCCAAUUCGCUACUACCCUGAUCGACAGCCUUACGGCCUCUGGAACAUCACAGAGUUCAUCCCACCCAAUGAGGCCUUCUUCCUGAGGGUGACAGGAUACGACCUGGAUGGUUUCAUGUUCCAGAGAGUCUCCAGUGUCUCCUUCUCCAGCAUUAAACCUGAUGCCCCUAAGGUGCAGAUGCCAGCCACAACUCAUGGAUACUACCUCCAAAGAGGGGCUGUCAUUUGCCAGAUAGAGAGCCUGAUCCCUUUUACUUUGCGCUUCAGCAGGGAUGGGGGGAGGCUUGGGGUGGACCAACUCUUCAGUGAGUCUGACAAUGCCACAUGGGAAAUACCCCAGGUCACUCUUAAGGACGAGGGCUACUACGAGUGUAUUGCUAUCAGCAGUGCUGGGACAGGAAGGACUCGCACCUUCCUGGAUGUAUCAGAGCCACCUCCAGCCAUCACAGUGGAGGGGAAUGUAACUGCGUCUCCUGGCUCCCGCGCCGUCCUCACCUGCCGCGUAGUCAGCACCGUCAGCUUUAACCUCACCUGGCUGAGAGGAGGUCACGAUGCCCGUCUGGAUCCACGGGUGAACGUGUUGACGAACCUCUCCCUUCAAGUGUCCUCGGUGAGCCCAGAUCACGCGGGUUGGUACGAGUGCAUCGCUAUAAACGAAGGAGGGGUGAUGGCAGAGCGGAUCUACCUGACAGUGCAAGAGGUGCCCAAGGUUUCAGUAGAGCCACGAAACCAAACCUUUACAACAGGAGAUGAAGUGAGGAUCAGAUGUUCGGCCAGUGGCUAUCCUCCACCACGUCUGGUUUGGACUCACAAUGACAUCUUCAUCAUGGCAUCCAAAAGGUCAAUUAAUCUCCUUAUACGUAAACAGUUUGGGGGACUCUUCUAA